AUGCUCACUAAAGACAAGAGACGCUUAAUUGCAGUAGGUAGUUCUUCAAUACGGCCAGCAAUAUCGUGUACCGCAAUAGGAGCAAGCAGCGAUUCGAAAGUGAUGCAUCGACAGUACACGAACUCUUCGAAUACAACUGAUCAGGAUGAAUUCACACCUGAAGAAUUACAGGAAUUCGCACAAGCUUUCAAGAUGUUUGAUAAAGAUGGGAAUGGAACGAUGAACAUAAAAGAAUUAGGUGUUGCGAUGAGGACAUUAGGCUUGAACCCAACCGAAGAGGAAUUACUCAAUAUGGUCAAUGAAUACGAUGUUGACGGAAACGGCAAAAUUGACUUCUUUGAGUUUUGCAAAAUGAUGAAAGAAAUGAAUAAGGAAACCGAUCAAGAGUUGAUAAGGCUCGCCUUCAAAGUUUUCGAUAAGGAUGGUAAUGGCUACAUAACUGCUCAAGAAUUCAAGCAUUUCAUGACAACGAUGGGUGAAAAAUUCAGUGAAGAAGAAGUGGACGAGAUUAUAAAGGAAGUCGACAAGGACGGAGAUGAGCAGAUAAACUAUGAAGAAUUCGUGCAAAUGAUCGCACCAAUCGUACACGACGGCAAUAAAGACGAUCCGUUUGCAGAACCACCGAAAGAACAUGCUAGCAGGAAGAACUGA